GUGUUUCUCCUCUUAUAUUUUUACUUUCACAGCUUUUUCUUUUUUUCUUUUGACAUGUUUCGAAACGGUUGAGGAUAUUCGACAGAGUUCGUUUUUGUGAGUGAAGAUGAAGCUGCUCCCGCUGCUGGUCAAAUUGGUGGUCGCCGUCGGGGCUCGGCUCGCAGAGGGGACGGACGUCUGCGGCGGCGUCCCGCUGUCCGCCGUCCUCCCCCGACCGGCCGACCGUAGCCGCGUCUCCUACGCUGUGAUGUUUGACGCCGGCAGUACGGGGACGCGGAUCCACGUCUACGCCUUCGUUCACACCCACGCAGAUGCGUUCCCCGUGUUGGACAAUGAGACGUUCCACUCGGUGAAGCCUGGUCUGUCGGCGCACAUCCACUCUCCUGAGACGGCCGCGCAGUCCGUGAGGACGCUGCUGAAGGUGGCCGAGAGCGCGGUCCCUCGUCAGCGGUGGGAAAGCACUCCGGUGCUGCUGAGAGCCACGGCGGGACUGCGAUUGAUGUCUGCCGACAAAGCCCAAGCUCUCCUACGUCAGGUUCAGCGCGUGUUUGACGACUCGCCAUUUUUGGUGCCAUAUAACAGCGUGGGCAUCAUGGACGGCACAAGCGAAGGAAUCCUUGCAUGGAUAACUGUGAACUUCCUGUCAGGUCACCUUCACGCGCACAACAAGCAGACGGUAGGAAUCUUGGAUUUAGGGGGAGCAUCCACGCAGAUUACCUUCCUGCCCAAACUCACAGACUGCAGUGUUGAAAAAGCAGCGCCGGACGACGAUGUCGUCACAGUGGAUGUGUUGAACUCUUCCUUUGAAUUGUACACUCACAGUUACCUUGGCAACGGACUGAUGUCAGCGCGACUCUCCACGCUGCGUGCUCAUAGUGUGUCAGGUCCAGAUUUCAAAAGUCCAUGUCUGCCCAAAAAGUUCCGGGGCGAGUGGAGCUUUGGGGGAGAAACCUACCAAGUGAGCGGGGACCCAGAAGGUGCAUCCGGUUACAAGGCAUGUUAUGAGAACGUGUUGAAGACAGUCAAAGGGAUCAUUUGUCAACCACUUCAUCAUCAUCAUCCUCAUCUUGAAGCGCAAAAGACUCUUUUCUACGCAUUCUCCUUCUACUUUGACCGCGCUGUGGAAGCACACCUCAUCGGUACACACACUCCAUCACUGUUAUUAAAUUUUGAUUCUCAUUAUGGCGAUUGGGCACCUCCUUCCUUUACAGACGAGAUCCAUGGAGGAAGGCUGAGGGUCCGAGACUUCACGAGGAGCGCCAAGGAGGUGUGCAAGGAGACGAGUGAAGCCGUUUUUUCCGUCAAUCCUUUCCUGUGUCUGGAUUUGACGUACAUCAGCUGCCUGCUGACGGACGGCCUCGGCUUCAGGGACGACGCGCCGCUGCGGUUGAGCAAGAAAGUGAACAACAUGGAGGCAAGUUGGGCUCUGGGCGCCACCUUGGCUCACUUUGAAAACCUCCACUUACAUCAUAGAGGACGAUGAGGAGGCGCGUGUAACGUUGACAUGUUUGCAGAGCAGUGCCACCACGUCUCCGUAGGGGGCGCCCUCUGUCGUCAUGGUGACCAGUUGGUGUGGAGGGGAGAGAACGCUCACAGAAUCUGCCGGUCCUGAAGAGACGAUAACCAGCGGAAUUGUAAAUGCUCAUGUCAAGGACUUCUUUGACGCAAGCUUGCACACUUUACAGAAGGUUCUCCUCAAAAAAAAAAAAACUUCCCCUUGACCUCAAAUGUAAGUACUUGUACAAAAAGCACUAUCUAAUAAUAAUAAUAAUAAUAAAAACAUCAGUCUGCCUACCUGG